AUGCGGGUAAUCGGUCUGUCUACAGGAUCAACCUCUUGUUCCAUUGGAUCCGGAAACGCGAGCGAAUUUAACCUGUGGUUAAGAUAUCGUGUAGUCUUUCAAGGUCUUACUGUACUAGCUGCUUUAGGUGGAUCAUUAUAUUAUAAUCAUCAACGUGAUCUUGAUCGAGCAGCAAUGGAGGAAGAAAGAAUCAGGAAACGAGAAAUUCGAAUGCGCGAACAGGAGCAAAAACCUGUGAAUCAAUCAAUUCCUGAGGGCGGUGCGAUCGGGUCGGAUGCCAGAAGAGCUUUGAUGUUGAAAAAAGUGGCAGAGCAAGCUCAUUCUGAAGGACGUCUAUUGAGAAUGCCGAAUAAUAGCUCUUCUACGACUAACAACGAAAAGUCUUGA